GUGCUCAUGCACCUUUCAAUAUUCCAAAUCUUCAAGACGACCCCCAAUAUUACUCUCAAGAUGAUGACCACGCUGGCGGCUGCGCUGCUGAUCCCCGUAGUCUACGGCUUCCCCCGCACUUCACCGCCGGCAGCUUUAUACAACACGGGACCAGGUCUAGUGCCCAAUGAAUACAUAGUCAAGCUCCGAGAUGGAAGCUCCGCGGCCACUCUAGACUCGACGAUCCGUCCGUUCCGAGCAAAUGUAACACACACGUACCAAACCCUCUUCCAUGGCUUUGCCGCAAAUCUGGAUCAUCAAGCUCUCGACCAGCUUCUCCACGAUCCACAGGUCGAGUAUAUCCAGCAGGAUUCAUGGGCUUCCAUCGCCGUAAUCGAGUCUUCCACUGUCGACCAAGCCAAUGCCGAAUGGGGUCUCGGACGUAUAUCCUACCGGAAGAAGGGCAGCAAGAUCUACACGUAUGAUUCUUCUGGUGGCGCCGGCACAUGCAGCUAUAUUCUAGACACCGGUGUUGAUGCUAGCCACCCAGACUUUGGUGGCCGUGCUACCCAGUUGCGCAGCUUCAUCAACGGAUCUGAAAAAGACGACCACGGCCACGGCACGCACUGUGCAGGCACAGCAGGAAGCACAACGUACGGCGUAGCUAAACAGACCAAAAUCCUAGGCGUCAAGAUUCUAGACAGCUCCGGCAAAGGCAAAUGGGCAGGUAUUAACAGCGCGCUCGAGUGGGUGGCUGGCGACCAUGAGUCCCGCGGCUGCAAAGGAGUCUUUGUGAAUCUAAGCAUUGACGGACCAGACUCGCCGAGCACCAAGGAGAUGAUGGCCAAGCUGGUAGGUCUCGGCAUCUUCGUUGCCGGCGCAGCUGGCAACUUCAACAAGGACGUAGGCAACAAUACACCUGGGUCGGAGCCAUCCAUCUGUACUGUUGGCGCAACCGACUACCAGGACAAAAAGGCGCUCUUCUCCAACUUUGGUAAAGCGCUAGAUAUUCUGGCCCCCGGAAUGACCAUUGUGUCUACAGUGCCGGGUGGGGGCAAGAUAUGUCGGGCACGUCAAUGGCUACUCCACACAUUGUAGGGCUAGCGGCCUACCUCUACGCUAUUGAGAAGCCCGAGUCAUCAGCCAGCUUGUGCAAGCGAAUCCAGGACCUGGCGAACAAGGACAUUAUUCAGGAUCUUCCAGCGGACACCAUCAACCUACUCGCUUUCAACAACAAUCCUAGUGGACAAUAAGCGGCGAACGAGGGCGAUGUUGCGGCAAAAACUGUUCCGUGCUUUGGUACAAAGGAAGAUAACCAGCAUUUUAGCUUUCGGGCAAACAGUUGGCGCAUCUACAGAGUUCAAGAACCUGAAACGCCCGCGUCGGUUCAAUAAGAUGCUUUUUUCGACUUCGUUAAAAAAAUAAAAUAAACUUCGCUUCUAGCGCU